AUGAAUGUGAAAGACGGAGGAGAGGAUACCAAAUCAUCCUCUGGUUUGCUCUUGGAAAACGAUAAAGUCGAAAAAUUGAGGAGAAACGAAAUAAUUAAUUGCAUAUGCGGAAUAACGGAAGAAGAUGGACUCAUGAUUCAGUGUGAUAUUUGCCUAUGUUGGCAACACGGUCACUGCGCUGGAAUAUUCAGAGAAACCGACGUUCCCGAUAAAUACACUUGCGCCAUAUGUAAAAAUCCAUAUAGGGGAAGGCCCUCGAUGAAAUAUUUACACGAUCAAGAGUGGUUGAAAGAGGGAACUCUUCCAAGUCUGUCGUUUCGUUCGAAAAGAGAUGAAGUCAUCAGUCAAAGGAAAACUAUACUUAAAAGGUCGUACGAUUUAAGCGGGUCUAUAUCUCUCUUGUCGAGGGUCAUACACAGUCUCAGGCUCAAAGUGAACAUUGCGGAAAAAAAAGAUCAUCCGAAAUUGUGGUUGUGGGCGAAAAAAUGGACGGAAAAAAAAUCCAACAGGAUAAAAGACGAACCCGAAGAGAAAGAAGAAAAAUCCGAAGAGCAAAACGUGGACGUGAAUGUGGAUGGCGUCGGAAUCAAAAUAAAAGAAGAGGGUUCGACGGAAGAUGAUAAACAAUUGCCAAAAGCACCGGAACCGGAAGCGCCCAUAGAUUCAGCCGAAUGCAAAUUGAAUCUUUUGGAUCAUUUGAUUCAUUAUCAGACGCUCGUGGAUGCGAGGUUGUCGUGGAUAGAAUCACUCGUCGCGGAAUUGGAAUCCAUGCAAGACGAUGCGGUGAACGACGAAGGUCCAGAUCGGUAUCCGAGAACGAAAGCAACCGUUCAAAUGCUUUUGAGAGAUUUAAGCACCAUGAAAAAAAUAGCCAUCAUUUAA